UCAAGUGGAUUUAUAGGAGCCGUUCAGCUGGGUUUGCCAAUGGCCAAAGGAGAAGGAGCUGAAAGUGUCUCGACGGCUGGCCUGUUACAACCCAGCAUCUUAAAACCAGAGGAGCUGCUCUAUUCCAAGUCGCCAAAAGAAAGCAAAGCAAAGCUAUCGAUAUGCAGCAAAGUGUGUUAUGCCAUUGGUGGGGCACCCUAUCAGAUCACUGGUUGUGCCUUGGGAUUCUUUCUGCAGAUUUACUUACUGGAUGUGGUUCAGAUGGACCCCUUCAAUGCAUCCAUCAUCCUUUUCGUGGGCCGUGCUUGGGAUGCCAUAACUGAUCCCCUGGUGGGUUUCUUCAUCAGUAAAAGCUCCUGGACUUGCUGUGGACGCCUGAUGCCCUGGAUUGUCUUUUCCACUCCCUUUGCUGUGAUCUCCUACUUCAUGAUAUGGUUCGUGCCCGACAUCUCUCAAGGGCAAGUGAUGUGGUACAUUUUCUUCUACUGCAUUUUUCAGACCCUUGUGACGUGCUUCCAUGUUCCUUAUUCUGCCCUCACCAUGUUCAUCAGCAGAGAGCAGAGUGAAAGGGAUUCUGCCACAGCCUACCGCAUGACAGUAGAAGUGCUUGGGACUGUCCUAGGAACAGCCAUCCAAGGGCAGAUUGUGGGCAAAGCAGAUACACCGUGUAUUUCCGACCCACCCUUCUUGAACACGAACAACUCAUCAGUGGUCUUAGAGGAAGUCAACAUCACCCAUGACACUGGUUCGCUCUCUGACACGAGAAAUGCCUACAUGAUUGCAGCCGGUGUCAUCGGUGGGAUUUAUAUUCUUUGUGCUACCGUUCUGUCUGUAGGCGUGCGAGAAAGGCAAGAGUCUUCUGAACUCCAGCCUGCUAAGCCAGUUUCCUUCUUCCAGGGUUUGAAGUUGGUGAUGAAACACGGACCCUACAUCAAGCUGAUUGCAGCUUUCCUGUUCACCUCCCUGGCUUUCAUGCUGUUGGAAGGCAACUUUGCCUUGUUCUGCACUUACACCUUGGGAUUCCGCAACGAGUUCCAGAACAUUCUGCUCGCCAUCAUGCUCUCAGCCACAUUGACCAUCCCCUUCUGGCAGUGGUUUCUCAGUCGUUUUGGGAAGAAAACUGCUGUUUACUUUGGCAUCUCGUCUGCCGCUCCUUUCCUCAUUUUGGUUGUGAUUUUGGAAAGUAACCUCAUUGUGACCUACGUGGUGGCCAUUGCAGCUGGAAUGAGUGUAGCUGCUGCUUUCCUCUUGCCUUGGUCUAUGUUGCCAGACGUUGUGGAUGAUUUCAACCUCCAGCACCCAGAUUCCAGAGGCCAUGAAGCUAUUUUCUUCUCUUUCUACGUCUUCUUCACCAAGUUUGCUUCUGGAGUGUCUCUGGGGAUCUCCACACUCAGUUUAGACUUUGCAGGAUACAAGACUCGAGGCUGCUCCCAACCAGAGGAGGUGAACCUGACCCUGAAAAUGCUCGUGUCUGCUGCGCCAGUGGCAUUGAUCAUCUUCGGCCUGCUCCUUUUUAAGCUGUACCCCAUUGAUGAGGAGAGGCGGCGGAAAAACAAGAAAGCUCUGCAGAAUCUAAGAGAUGAAGAGAGCAACAGUAGCACCGAAUCAGAUUCUACAGAAUUAGCCAGCAUCGUGUGACCCCACCUUGUCUUGGUUUACCCCCGGGAUCCUUAGAAGAUGGGGCCACCAUGACGUCUACUGUGAAGGAGAUGCUGACUUGCUCCCAUGGGGAAGAGCCUGUGAUGCCUUAAAGUCUGCUCUGGAAAUCAACUAUUGGCUGAUGUUGUUCCUUAGGAGGGAUCCAUGGAUCACCAGCUGUCAAAGAUACUUGACCAUUUGGUACUCAAGAAGAUACCUCUAAUGAGAAUACGCAUCAUCUCAGUCUGUCUUUUGCCAAAAUCAGUUCGCAAAAUUCUGUUGAAUUAUGACAUCCUUUAGACCCAUGUUCCUCAACCUUGGCAACU